UCGAGCCUCUCCUCGCGAGAACUGUGGUUCUCAUGCUCGCGGCGGGGGUCGGAGGUCAGAGCGAGCGUCUCGCGGGCCGCAGAAGGAAGAUGGCGGUGGAGUCGCGCGUUACCCAGGAGGAAAUCAAGAAGGAGCCGGAGAAGCCCAUCGAUCGGGAGAAGACCUGCCCGCUGCUGCUGCGCGUGUUCACCACCAACAACGGCCGCCACCACCGCAUGGACGAGUUCUCCCGCGGGAACGUGCCGUCCAGCGAGCUGCAGAUCUACACCUGGAUGGACGCAACCUUGAAAGAACUGACUAGUUUAGUGAAAGAAGUCUACCCAGAGGCUAGGAAGAAGGGCACACACUUCAAUUUUGCAAUUGUUUUCACGGAUCUUAAAAGGCCCGGGUAUAGAGUCAAGGAGAUCGGCAGCACCAUGUCUGGGAGGAAGGGGACGGAUGACUCCAUGACCCUGCAGUCACAGAAGUUCCAAAUAGGAGACUACUUGGACAUAGCGAUCACCCCCCCAAAUCGGGCACCACCUCCUUCGGGACGCAUGCGACCAUAUUAAAUUUUAUUUGCUAUUUCUUGAAUUUAUUUUUCAUUCAGUUAUGUAAAAUAAACUGCUUUCUCCUCCCCCCUUAUUGCCAUUAAGCCUUUAAACUAAACAAAUUGUAAUGCAUCUAUUUAGCAAUUAGACUUGGCUUUGCUAUGGUAUGAAUGUUAAUAGGAAGUCCUUAUGUUUCAAGUUCUGUAAAAUAUGAAGAAAAGUGCUCUUAGCAUUCUAUGUAAAACUGUAUUGUUAAAUAUAUGUUGCAGUCAA